CAAAAGUCCAACUCUACGACCAAAAUGUCAGCUCCAGCCUGUGAAAUCAAGAAAGAAAACAAGCCCAAGCCCUGCUGUGUGUGCCUCGACGAAAAGAAGUUGAGAGAUGAAUGUCUUCUCUUCAACGGUCAAGAAAGUGGAAAGUGCAACGAAUUGAUCCAAGGAUACAAGGUCUGCAUGAAAGGCUUUGGCUUCGAGACCAACUAGAUGGACUGAGUAGGUUGAUCCAGUUGGUCAACUCUCACUUAUGGUUUAUCUUAUGAUAUUGUUCUUGAAGUAAGUGCUGAAGAAUUCUUGUAUGAAAUAAUUGAAUAUUGCAAAAAGUCGUGAAGAAUCAUUAGAUUUUCAAUUUUAUUACUCAAAUCUUCAAGUUCUUCAGAAUAGAAUUAUCAACUCUUCAUAUUAUUUCCACCUGUUAAUAGUAAUUCCACCUGUACAUAUAUGCUAGACUUAUGAAUAAAUAAAAGUAACUUCGUAUGCUCG